AUGAGUAAUCCAGACGGUACUUCAUCGACGAAUGCCAUGAUGCGCAGUUCACAAAGUGCAUCGAUGGAUCGAUCGAAAUCGAGCAAUCAUGGAGAGACUAAAGCGGAAUUCAACUCUAGGCUACUUUGGCCUGAUAUGAUAAAAAUACCUGUGAAUCCAUGGACAUUCACUUGUAAAGAAGUCAUCGAGAAAUUGGGAAGUAAUCCACAGGUAACAGCUGAGAUGAAACGAUGCAUGGAAAAGUGCUUAAUUUAUUUCUACACAGCGAAGAAGAAACUAAACCUAUUCGAUCACACUUAUACCGCAGCGUGUAUCCUUUUCUUCAGAUAUUGGUAUGUCUACGGCUUACCGAACACAUUAACGGACUGUAUUCACAUCUCCCAGGCUAUUUUAGUGACAGCUUGUAAGACAAUGGAGAACAACAGACCAAUCGAGGCAUACGUAAAGAUUACCUGCGAAUUCUUAGUCAAGGAUUUGAAUGGUUUAAGAUCAAAGCAGAACAUGGAUAAAGUGAAAUGGGAUGUAAGAGAUAGAUUGGUAGAAAACGAGAAAAAAAUAUUGUGCUCGUUCGGAUUUGACUUGAAUAUUGAAAAUCCCAAGGAAUUGGUCGAAGAUAUGUUCAGCGGUUACUAUCGUUUAAACAGAGACUAUGACCUACCCGAAGAUUUCAAGCAAGUCUUCCCAAAGAUUUUGCAAGAAGCAAGGAAUUUCAUCGUACAAGCAGUUACACAGCCGGUGUCCCUGCUGUGUGAUGGCUACACAUUCGUCGCACUGGCUCUUAUAUAUUGUGGUCUCCAGUAUAAGAAGCUUGUCGACGACAAGUUCCAAUUUCCCGUCAACUUCUUUUCUAGGAAAUUCCCGACGCAAGUCACUGCUCAAAGGUUCGAAGAUAUAUUCACUGACUACCGCAUCAUAGAGGAAAAUUUCUUCGAUUUAAAGAGUAACAAGAGGGAGAAACUGGAGAUCAGUGCUUCUGACAUCAACAGCAUCAUCCAGGAACCAACAGGACCAACGGAACCCACAGAAAACCCCGAUGAAAUUUCAAAUCCUUAUGAUUACAAAUUGAUAAAAUCUGGUGAAGUGAGGCAAGAGCUAAUGGAUCAUAUAGAGAAGAGAAUUCAGGAACAAUAUGAGAAGGUUAUCUUGGAGUCCAAGAAACGAUCAUCUCCAGAAAACUUGUCCGAAGUGGAACCAACCGCAAAGAAGCCCAAAGUAUGA